GUAGCCGGAAGCUCCCGAGUCCAGGCUCAGGAACGCGCAGCAAGGGUCAGCGCCCCCUAGUGUUUGACAGGUCUCUAGCACCUGAGGGCCUCGGGGUACAUGAGGUCCUUAUCAGCACAGACACUGGCUUCUCAGGGCACUACUGAGCGACCUAGCCAGAAAUUCCCGGAACUUUACUCUUUCUCCGGCUCCAUUGACUUUUAGGCUUUGAUCGCUUGACUUAUGUGACCAAUAGGAGGCGGCAGAAUCAGUACUUCCGCUUUCGUACCUUUAGCAACCCACUAUGCUCGCCCUCGAAUGCUCCUAUUGGACCUCCUCUGCCAGCUUGCGAGCUCAUUGGCCAGCGCUGUCAGGCCGCAAUCUAGGGUCCGAGGGCUGUGUCUGUCAGGCAGCCGGGCAGCCAUGGCGUCUUAUUUCGAUGAACACGACUGUGAGCUGUCAGACCACGAACACGAGACCGGAUUCAACAUGCUGCUGCAGCUCGCAAGAUCACUGUCCAAUAUGAUGGAUUUUCAAGACCUGGGCUUGGUAGUAGAUUGGGAUCACCAACUGCCUCCCCCCGCUGCCAAAGCUGUGGUGGAAAACCUCCCCAGGACAGUUAUCAGCAGCUCUCAGGCUGACCUCAAGUGCCCCGUGUGUCUUUUGGAAUUUGAGGAGGCGGAGACCGUCAUUGAGCUGCCCUGCCAUCACCUCUUCCACUCCAACUGCAUCCUGCCCUGGCUCGGCAAGACCAAUUCCUGCCCCCUGUGCCGUCACGAGCUGCCUACUGAUGACGACGCCUACGAGGAGCACAGGCGAGAUCAGGCUCGAAAGCAGCAGCGGCAGCACCGACUGGAGAACCUCCACGGGGCCAUGUACAUGUGAGGCAGCAAGAGCUGGGCGCUCACCCUCACAUCUCCCUCGCACCUUGAAUCCUUAUUAAAGGUUUCUUUACACACCCUGCAGCUGCAUUGCUCAUGGGCAGGAUGGUGCAUCCUCCGCCAGGUCCCUACUGCUAUCGGAGCUCAACAGUAGAAGGUACCGGGCUGCACUUGCCCCCUGCUGGCCUGUUGGACUCAGGGCAAUGGGACCCAGCCACUGGACCAGCCAGGGCUUGGAGCUGCGUUCCUGGUCAGGAGGCAAACUAUCAGGGUCCAGUACCCUAUGGCUGUUGAAAGCUGAUAAACUAACUUGCACCACCA